AUGCAAGCACUUCUACCACUGAGUGAAGCUCUUGGAAUUUUGCUCAACACAAAGUUUAAACAAGUCACCAAUAUAAAUUCCGAUAAACAUUCAUUGUUUCAUGCUUAUAGUUCAUGGUCCUAUUUUGUAAAAUCUAAAUUGAUUUCUGGUGGAGAGAGUACUGAUUAUGAAACAAUUUUAAAUGACAAACAAUACGGAAUUAUUUUCAUCUUGUUGGAUAAUUUAGUUGAAAAAUCGUCAACUCUCAAAUAUCAACAUAGUUUUCAAUUAUUGUGUGAUUGUUUUUAUAAUGAUGAAUCUAUUAAUGAUUUCGUAUUUGGAUUAUUUAUUCAUAUUUUAAAAAAGAAACCUGAAGAUGAAUCUGCUACAAGAAUUCAACAAUAUAAAUAUUCUAUAUGUAGAUUUAUUACAGAGUUCAUAUUGGAAAAAGAGUUCGAAAAAGAGGAUAAACCUAAGUUAUUAAUUGAUAGUAAUGAAACCAUUCUUGAUAGAUUUGGGGAUGACAAGUUGUCUAAAUUGAUGGAAUAUCUUUGGAUUAUUACUCGAUACGAAAGUGUAACGAUGGAUGGUAGAAGAUUUGCUACAAUUUUAACAUCAUCCUCAAGUGACCUUUUAUUAAUUUUGGGAUAUUUACUUUCACAAAAUCAGAAUGAAAUCCUUUUCAAGCAAUUUGAAACAUAUUUUAAAUUAACUAGUGAGUUAUUGCAUUGGUUUGAAAAUCAGAGAGAUUUAUACACAACCUCUCUCAAAUAUCUUCACAGUAGACUGAAAGAGAUUUCAUCUAUUGUGUCAAUAGUUAAUAAUUUAGAGAGAAGUUCCCGAGAGGAUGAUCAAAAUAGGGCAAAAGAUGGGCGAAACAUGUCCCUCAGAUCAUUUUCCUCUUUUUUAAUAAUUUAUGGAUUUUUAAUGGUGGAAAAUCGUGAACAUUUUGAGCAUUACAUCAAAUUUACAACAAAGAUUGAGGGUUCUAGUUCUAAGCAUGACUAUUUAUUUGAUUAUCUGAUGGCUAUAUUACUGGAGCUUGAAAAAACUGAAAAUGAGACAGAAAUACUCCACAAUUUAGUAUACCUAUCAGCAAUACUAGGUAAAAUGAAAAAGAAAGAACUAAAGAAAUAUUUGGGAAUGAAGGUAAAGGGAGAAAAGGAAACCAAAACACUCUAUGAAAUAAUUAUACAUAUUACUAAUAACAAACUGUUUAAAAUCAAUUCGGAAAAUAUUGCGAGAAUAACAAUUUAUUUAUAUAAGGAAAUGGUAAAUUAUACUGGAGAAACCAAUGACAGAGGAGCAUUUAUUGAUAUGGUAAUGGAAAUGCUUGAAAGUGAUGAUAUUGUUUCUAAGGCAGUCAUACUUUUUGUUUCAGAUAUUAUUAGUACUGAUAAGAGUCAAAUAUAUUCUAUUUUCAAACUAGUUGAAUCUGACAAUGAAAAGGCAAAGAAAAAUGGACUUGUAAUUCUUUCUGAAAUAUUCAACUCUACCGAUAUUGAUGAAGAGCUUUCUCAUACAGUCACUGAUUAUUUAAUCAAUAAGCUUUCAUCAGAUGAUUUAUCUAUUAGAUCGUGUACUGCAACAGUAUUUUCGAAAUUGGAUUUCAAAUAUAUUGCAAACAGAAUUAUUCCACUAUAUGUCUCAAAGAAUGAGAAAGAGAGAUCUGCAGCCCAUGAAAUUUUGACUAAACUAAUGGAGAGCAACACUGAAAAUCCAAAUAUUUUCAUGAAUGUUGUAAACUCUAUCAAAGAUUUACCAAUUUAUGAGGAUCCUAAUCCAGAUCAAACCAGAAAAAACAUUGCAGAACGAGUUAUGACAUUUAUUCCAAAGUACUUUGCCCAUCUUUCUCCAAAUUCUUCAAGACUUUUGGUAGAAGAAAUAAUCACCACAUUUUUUGAAUCUAACACCAAUUCUCUCUUAGUGUUUAUGAUGAAUAAGAUUUUGAGUUUUACACUCUCUGUGGAAGCACCUCAAAAGAUUCUUUCAAGUGAAGAUGAAUACAUACUGAACAAUAAGAAAGAUACCUUGUUGGGCGUUCUUGCAAAAGUGUUGGAAAGGAUAAACUGUCCAAAAAUAGAGGAAGAAACCAUCUUUGAUAUGCUAGCACCACUACUUGUACUAAAGACUUUACCCGUUUCAAUAUUCUACUACAUUCAUCCUAAUGCAGAGCAUGAUAAAAUAUUCACAGAAGUUUUGCUGAUAAUGAUUAGAAAUGUGAUAGAUUUGAGUAAACCAGAAGAGGUAAGAAGAGUCUCUGCUGAAGUAGCUUCAAAACUACCACCCAGAAUUACAAUUUCCUCAUUUGUUGCAAGGUUUUCCAACUAUUUACAAAAGAACUCAUUGACCAAGGCUAAGUCGGUUUUAUUUUGCAUUUGUCAAACUAUAGCUCUAUACGAGGAGGAUCCAUACUUGUAUUCUUUUCUUACUGGCGAAUCUCUCUUAAUUCAAUCCAUUAAGAAUGCCUGGAAUUUACAAUCCAACGAUCAAGAAUUAUCAAAGAUACAUCAAGGAUGUAUGGAUUGUAUGGUUAUGAUUAUCAAGUAUAUGCUGAACUACAGUCACUCUGAUGGUAACUUUAUUUCAGAUAAUAUUCUCAAACCAUUGUCAAAUAAUUCAGAAAGCAUGAUGGUUAGAGUAUCCAUUUCCAAUAUCAUAACAAAGUGCACCAAUGUAUUCCCUCUGAAACAUUUGCUUUCACUUUCUAGUAUGGUUAUACCAAUUUAUUCUAAAGUUUUACUUUUAAAGAGAGAACCAAAUGCUGAAACCUCCCUCUUCUACUGCUCAAGUCUUCAAGCAUUGAUGAAUUUGGUUUUCAAAAUCAAGACUGCUGUUCAUCCAUAUUCCAAAUCAUUGUUAGAAAUUAUUUCCAAGUGCUUGUCAGAGUCUGAUCCUAACAUUCGUCACUUCUCCCUAAAGCUCCUUAGUUCACUACUCUUUGCAAGAGAUGAUGUACUAGUGGAUCAUCAAACAAUCUUUGAAUUUGAAAUUUUAAAGAAGGUUAAGGGAAUGGCCUCUAUUGAAUCAAGUUUGGAAGUUCAAAAGCUUGCCAAUGAAUUGUGUAAAAUAAUGGGACUAUGA